UGCAAAUGAUUGUUUAAAAAAAAGAAAUAUUAAAAGAUAUUUAAUUCAUUAUUUCUUAUGAUAAUUAAGAGGCGUGAAUCACGGUCAUGGAUCACAUACACAAAGUUAUUUAUAGGUCAUAAAAAACGAAAGUGAAACUCAGUCUGUUACUGUUUACUGUUUCUCCUUCAGUAACUUCAUCUGAGUCUCUCUGCUCUAUUAUAUCCUCCAUUUUCUCUUCUACUAUGGAUUUGGCAGACAGAUUGUGCAAUGAGCUGUUCCGUUGGAUUGAAAAGCAGGAGGAAUGUGCAGAACAUCUGAUGGAUUUGGCAAAAGAAUUGGAGGAGAUGACUACAGCUAUGACUGCCGGCCAGUUGGUGGGAAACACAGCAACUGUGCUUGGGUCUGCUGCCUUAAUUGGAUCAGGCAUUGCAACUUUUCUGACUGGAGGUCUGGCUGCACCCCUGCUGGUGAUUUCGGCAGGUAUCACAGCUGGAGUUGGUACUGUAGCCAGUGUUACAUUUAAGCUUUUAGACAGUUGGAAAUCCAGUAAAAGUAUGAAAGAUGCAGAGAAGACCUCUGGGGAAAUUGAAAAGAUUUGGAGGAAUAUUGAAAGUCUCCAGAAGAAACUAUCAGAGGAGUAUAAGAGUCAAGAUUUGGCUAAAGAUUUUUCCUUCGAUGAAGUGCAAUGUGAAAUAACAGCAAGAAUGUUGAGAGCCAUGGGCAAACGGAGUGGGAGGUAUCUGCCCCUAAGUUACCUAACUCGCAUCUUGAGGAAUGAUGGCAUGUAUAGAGAUAGAUAUCAAGGGUUUGUUGUAGGAAAGGAGUUCAUCACCUGUGUCAGUACUUUGCUAGUAUUCACUGGAUUUUACCUCAUAUUUGUAAACACAGCAACUAAAAAAGGAGCAAAACAUGUUCUCACCACUGUGAUUAAAACAGGAAUGGCUACUAUGAAAACUCUGUUAAAGGGAACAAGCCAGGCCGCAGGAGGAGCCAUUGGCCUGGUGUUUGCACUACCUGAUCUGAUUGACAACUGUGAAAAACUGUUUAAAGGGGAAAAUCAGACAGAUGCUAGCAGUUAUCUGAGGAAGAAAGCAACUGAAAUUCGUGUUGCUGUCAAAAAAAUUAAAAAGCAAUUGAAUGAAUUGCAAGAGAUGCUCAAUGAAAUCCCUGAAACUGAGUGUCAUGUUGAUUUGGCUACGGAGAUGUGUGGCAACCAAACAUACAUACGAGGCACUGUUUGUAUGGAGUAUAAACAGACCAAAAAGCAGGACAGGAAAGUACAAGAGUUUAUUUUCCUUUCCACAAAAGACAUGGGUGAAACCAAAAUCACUUCCACAAGUAAACUCAAGUCAGAUGACAAAUCAAAUAAGAACAAAAGACAAAAGAGGCAGUCUUGUCAGAAGAAGCCACGACAAAAGAAAGUUCGCCUUCCUAGAAUAGCCAUGUCCAACCUGCGUUCUCUUCCAAACAAAAUGGAGGAGAUUAAAGAAAUGAUGCAGUAUGAUGACUUAUUUUCCUGUGAUCUGAUGUUCUUCACAGAGACAUGGUUAAAUAACAACUCAGCCCCAAUCAGCUUGGAUGGAUAUGAGUCUAUCCGGAUCGAUCGUGAUCCACAGCUUACUCAAAAACGUAGAGGAGGAGGACUGAUCGUUUUUGUGAAUAAGGCCUGGGCGACAGAUGUGCAGGUGGAAACUCUAAUGAAUACCCAAGACUAUGAGUUAAUGGUUGUGUCCAUUAAACCACAUGGUCAUCCUAAGGGUGCUCCACCACUUAUCUUCAUCCAUGUUUAUGUACCAGGGCCUAAUUUUAAGAAAGCUGCUGCAGAAAUUGCUGGUUUUUUCUAUGAUGCUCUGGAGGAAUGGUGUGAUAGUUCUGUUUUUUUGUUAGGUGAUUUCAACAGGAGUGACAUGACUCCUUACUUAGGUACCAUGGAGCAAUAUGUCACAUGCCCAACCAGAUACAAUAACACCCUGGAUCUGUGCUAUGGAAAUGUGCCUGGGGCUUAUAUUUGUGUUUGCAAACGCCCACUUGGCCGGUCAGAUCACAAUGUCAUUAUUAUGAUUCCUAAAGAUCAAUAUGACCCUUGCAAAGAUGGGGAGUGUACGUAUAACCAUACCAAUCGAAGUGAGCAAUGGAAGGAAGAAUAAAUUUUACCAAAAAAUUCUGAAAUUUGCCAGUCAUGUUUCAAUAAGUAUCCAAAACACAAAAUACAAUAUAAUUACACCAAGUUUGAUGACAGAAUUUCAGUGACCUCAAACUUCAAAUCAGUUUGACUAUUUAAAUAACAAGAGUGAAAACUUCAACAUUAACUGCUAAAAUGUAGCCUAUUAAGAAAUGUCUGUUAACUGUAACAUCUGUAGCCUUUUUUAAAAAAGGCUUACUAUACAUGGCGUCAAAUGAAUGACAUAAUCAAAUUAAAUGUGUCCAAUGUACCUUUGCAGCUUGCAAUGUGCAUAAGCAGGGUCAUUCUUGCCGCCUUCAGAUGACUUUAGAUUCAGAUGACUUCAGUUUCUAUCAUUGAAACGUUUAGCACUGGCAAUCAAAGGUUCAAGCUUCACCCUAAAUAUUGUCCCUGUGGUGCCCCAGACGAACAGUUUUGGUGAAAACAGGAGAGUCUAGUUGUGCAUUUAAUUUUGCAGUGAGUUGAGCAGCUCUGGUUUUAUGCUUUUUGGGUACAAUCAUGGUUAGUACCCAGACAUCCCUUUCAGAGAGCUUCCUCUUGCACUGACAGUUACUCCUGUCGGAUGUGGUUUGUCUGUAGUGGUGGUAUACUGACGUUACCCUGGAUACCGUGGCUCUUGAUACUCCACAAAGACUUGCUGUCCUGGUCACAGAUGUGCCAGCAAGAAGUGGAUCCAAUAAUUGAACUCUGAUACGUCUCUCAUAAUGUUGUGUGUAUUGCAAUGUUUUAUGUACAGCUGUGCUAUUGCUAUGCUAAUUCAACCGUCACACUCUGCUAUUACUUGGAAUGUGAAGUCAUUGAAGAUUGGCCACCAGGCCUAUAUAUACAGCUCUGAAAAAAAAUAAGAGACCACUGCAAAAUAAUCUUUCUUAUGUUUCUUAUGUUUUUUCUUCCAGGUGCAUGUAUUGGUGAGAUGAACAGUUUUGUUUCUUUUUUUGUGAACUGCUGACAAUAUUUCUCCUAAAUUCAAAAUAUAACUAUUAUUAUUUAGAGUGUAUAUUUAAAGGAAAUGACAACACAUCAAAAUAACCAAGAUCAUGCAGUAUUUGCAGAGCUUUAAUAACUCAAAUAAAACAACAUGCAAAUAAUUUGUAAACAAAUUGUGUUAAUGCUUUGGCUAAAUAACAUUAAGAAAUCACUAUUUGGUGGAAUAAACCCGAUUUGCAUGCGUUUUGGCUCCAUGCUCUCCACCAGUUUUUCACAUUGCUGUUCGGUAACUUUACACCACUCUUUUGCUUGAUGGUUUGUGACCAUCCAUCUCCUCUUGAUGACAUUCCAGAGGUUUUCAAUAGGGUUCAAAUCUGGAGAUUGGGCAGUGGUCUCUUAUUUUUUUUCCAGAGCUGUAGAUGUGAAAUGUCUAGGACUAUACUGCCCAGUGUUUCAAUUUCACAGUCCAGCCCCUGUGUGGGGGUGGGGUGUUAAUAGGUGUUACUCCUUAAAAAAAAACAUUUAACCAAUUUCUAAUCACUAAGCAAUCUUUAUGUAAUCAUGCAUGCUAUGUAUAUUAAUCAUGUUAAAAUGAACUUAAAGUUAAAAAAAACUUUAUAAAUAUAAAUAAAUAAUAAUCAUUUGGGUUAGAUAUAUAUGUACAAUUAAA